GUAUCAACGCUCGCUGAAUGUCGGGAAAAGGCGGGACAAGAUGGCAGACAAUAUUACGAUUGUACCAUAUACAGUGCGCGAUGUCACCAGUCUUGACGCAGCCUCAAGGCCCCCGGUACUGGGCAUGGCCAGGAUGGUCACUUUCGUGUCUGCACAUUCUCGGGGUGAAAGACAGUAUCUGCAGGCGUACGACUCGAACUCGGACCGAAUACACGCCCUACUCACAAUAUUGGUUUGAGGACAUUUAAACUUGAUGGAUGUGGGCUAUGCCGGGUCGAAGCUGCCUUGUCAUGGCAUUUUCGAGAUCGACAUGCGCGAUAUACUUCUUUGAUCCUGCGCUCUGCGUGUCGAUACCUACAUGGCGACUUGAAAGUCACGGCGCAACGACGAAACUGCCUCGGACAAAUCGACGAGCGACGAGACUCGCUGUUCCAUCGCAUGGACUUCUGCAUCAAUGCCCCUGCCGUGAUGAUGCUGGACUCCGCAGAUUGGAGCCUUUUCCGAUCGCGGUGGCGCCGAGGGUGAAGACUUGGGAGUGUCACGAUACUUCGACUCUGUCGGUAUCUUGUCUUCCAUGCGAAGAGCCGAGGACUAUCAUCUCUUGGAAGCUGAUAUUCCGUCCACUGGCUCGCGGUUUCAAAAGCCAACGUUCUGCGCUGGCGGUACCUUUCAGAAAACCCGGACAUUCUCGGAUGAUGGUUGUCGUGUCCUUUCUCGUCAUCAUGGUGGUCGAGGAUGAUAUCCCCGCCAGGACCGGGUCGGCACUACCUGGCUCAAACAGCAAAUUACUUGCAUAAGCCAGUUUAAACGCCUGAAAUUUUUACAUUUCUUCAGCUCGCCCCUCAUUUUCAGAGAUAUCACAGGACAACUCCAAGCGCUCGGGGUAUGAACAUAUGGCUCGUACCAGACCAUGGCUUGUAUUCUGCCGAGGCAUCUCAUAUCUUGAUUUUCUCAACCUGGCAGACUUGCCAUAGUUGUGG